GACCUAACAAUGGGUCCUAUGGUGCUGACGAUGGAUCGUUGGAAAGUCCUGUACCCGAUGCCGAGCUAUUACUAUGGACACGUUGGUCAUUUUGCAGGCCGGAGGACGCUGUACGAUUCUGACAUAUUUGGAUAUUUACAGUGCUUCACUUGGCAGGUAUGGGUUGGUGUUGUCGUUAGCAUCCUCCUGAUCAGCGCUGUGUUCACCACAAUAAGCAGGAAGAGGAAUGGAGCUGUUGUGAAAAGUUACGUGGACCACCUGUUCUACCUGAGCGCGAUGUUCUUCUGGGAAGCGAACACCGUUCCCUCUGCGCGGCGAGGGAGUAAUCGGCUUCUGCUUGGAACAUGGUGGAUCGCAGUCAUAUUGCUCGGUCUGGCGUUUACGAGUUUUAUGAAGGCCAGCAUGACGGUGAAGAAGGAAAUUCCUAAAAUGGAAAGCGUGGAAGACCUGGCAAGAAAUCCUAACGUCCUGCCCGUCAUCACCAAAGGAGUGGCAUAUGACGUUUUCCUCAAGGAUAACAAGAACCCGGCUUACCAAGCCGUCUGGAACAGAAUUGUGAAGUACAGAAGCAUAAUCCCACAAAAGGAAGUGUUCGUGCGGAAGGUCAUGGAGGAGGUCCUGGACGGCAGGAAGGCUAUUUUCGCAAGCGUGGGUAUUUUGAUCUACUGGACGCGGGAGCUGUACAAGGAUAAGCCUCCUCAGGGGGAGUUCUACUUCGGGAAAGUCAGAUUAGUGCUUGCCUCUGGUUCCAUACACAUCAGCAGAGAGCUUCCUGAAUAUAUCAAGAAGAGCAUUCACAUCAGACAACGUUGGAUACUCGAAGGAGGCUUCGCACACUUGUACACCAAGAACGUUCUGCUUAAAGGACUGGAUGAUCACGGUGCAUCUCACGAACGUGUACGUGCCUUGGCGAUUGAAGACGUCUCUGGUGUUUUUGCCGUCUUAGCUAUCGGCGCAGUCGUGGCUUCACUUGCUGCCGUUGUCGAGUGCCUUUAUACGAGGCAUACUACGACGCGCUUUCGUCGCUUGGAGCGGCGCUGGAUGCACGGGGGAACCGUGCGCCCUGGGCACACGUCACACGGAACCGUGUCGGCACACCUGUUGAUAGCGCCACACUGGCACGUAGAUCGCAUGGCAAUGACACAUGACCAACCAACUAACAAUGGACGCACGGAUUCAACAAUAAGGUAGAAGUACAUGACACAUUUGUGAGAAUCAUAUAGGGUUUAUUCACUGACGUCACCUCGCCGCCAUACACUCUAAGAAAAAAAGGAGUAAAACGGGGAGUAAUUGCAGCUUCUACUCCCCUAGUCUGCAAUUACUCCCCAUUUUGGUCCCCUAACACAACAUUUAGUCCCGACAUAUACUCCCCAGGACUGCAAAUUGUCACUAAAGUUCGCGAAUGGUCUCCUGAAUGCAAAAGUCUACGUAAAUAUGUGCCCUUGGUCAAUUUGAACGACAUAAGGCUGUAUAACUCAGACAACGUAGCAAUUUUCCAGCCACACAGAGUAAGCAUCUUUCUUCGCAAAUUGUGCCCUAGUAUGGCGCAAGAUUUUAUAUCACUCGAUUUAUCACGGUUGACGGUUUGCUUCAAAGUAUUUUCAUGCGUGCGCACCAAUUAUGUACCUGGGACUCUUACAACAGCGCGUGAAAUGCGGUCUUCACUCUGUGACAUUCAUUUGCUCCCGUGCAUUUACUCCCGAAAGGGACUAUUUUUUGUGGCAAUGCAAUUACUCCCCAAAAGGAGUAAAAGUACUCCUUUUUUCCUUAGAGUGUACUGUAGGUCCCUCGAAGUUAUGUUCCCUCAUUAGUUCGCUGCCAUAUGCUCUUUGGGUGACUAUUAACGUCGAAAACAUGGAAAUUGCUUGGAUAUGCUACAAAUCACACUGCACAAUAACUCUGAAACACCAAAUAUACGGUGGGUGCAAUAUGGGUAGCGGCUUGGAUGGGACCUACAAUAUGGCGGCCGAUGCAGCACAUCUGCCUGCAAGCGACAGUGGCGGUCUCUUGCGGAUGACGUCAUGUGCAUAAACCCUAUUGGUGCAAUAGGAAGAUUGUACGUUCCCGAGAUACGUAGAAAGCAGAUUCCGAUAAGAAAUUAGUGAGCUUUAGUACAUCGUACGCUAUUGCCAUUGCGUACGCAAGGGAUAGCGUUUUUUGUUUUUUUGCUCUGGCUAUAGAUGUCCUCCUUUACCAUACUUGAUAUCAGUUCUCUCAGCUUUUAAUGCUCUUUCAUCUGAUAUGUCAAUCGUGGGUAUACCUCCUGAAACAGGUAAAUGUCUAGGCAUAUUUCGAAAAAACAAGGAUUUUGCGCGUCCGCUUCUAGAAAAGGCCCCGUUUGAGUUCAUUAAUAUCUUGCCAGGGCAUGACCAGAUGUUGGACCUUUCAUCUGACGUAAAAAAAAAAAAUCUGCUUGGAACGGCGUACACUGGCGAUUAGCGCGUUUAAACGCGGCGCCCUACUCUGCGAGCGUACGUGUCGGAGCCCGGCUGGCGGUGCGCGGAAUGGCGAGCCUCCUGCCGAUGCGUCCUUUGUUUGGGAAAGGCUGUCUGCCCUUAGCGUAUUCCUCGGCAAACUUUCGACGCCCUGCUGGACAAAGAAUCCACGCCUGAGAGUUCCUUAUUGCCCCCAAAGCAUCUGAAUGAAAUCCUACUUUGCCGUAAAGCCAUAUUUCAAGGACUAAAUGGGACUAAAAGGCAAAACCUCUCUCUUGCAAGCUGCGUACACGGUGAUACGCAUACUGUACAAAUGAGUAUCGAGUUAGGAGUUGCUUUUUCCGGGGUUGCCGCAAGUUCCUACGAUGCACGAUAUAUUUUUAAGUUUUUCACUACAAUAUCUUUUAAAACACAGGGGUUGGGCAGUCGCUGAAGAGGAACGCACGAGAUACGAGUGCACAGAUGCCAAAACUGAAACACUCGAAUUCAGGGCCGGAUUUUCUCGUUUCUUUCUUUCUUUUUUUUUUUUUUGCACGAAAACUAUACAGUAGAAGUUAUUAACUUUACCGCUGUUGAUUACCAUGUACGAUGAGCUUCAAAAUAUUGUAUAUAUAUAUAUAUAUAUAUAUAUAUAUAUAUAUAUAUAUAUAUAUAUAUAAAACUAAUGAAAUUUCGGGAGGUUGACGGUGCCUGUCUGUCUGAUCUGACGUGAAACUGACCAAUAGAUAAACAGAGCUUUGCACAGUGCGCAGAGACACUACAUUAUUCCUUGCGUACGUAAAUGCGACAUCGUGCAAUACACUAAAACUCACUGUUGUUCCAAUGGAUUUGGGCUGACACACCUUACGCGUAAAUCUACUCCAAUUGCCAUUACCCCGGUUUAGGAAAUCUAUAAAAAAAAAUGAUACACUCUAAAAACUUCACAGCAGAGCACGGCCACAGCCAGCAAGCACUGCCAGAAUAAUAUCGGACAGCAUUUUGAUUAUUGAAAACGCCAUACACGCUUCAAGCACUCCGCUACAACGAAUGGUUGGUUACACCUAGCUGUACGCUCGGGCACCUGUGUCUGCCUUUUCUCUUUCCAUGGACAUGUUGUCCUAUCUGUUACCCCAAUCCGAAACAGUAAGAGGUACACGCAGUGUCACUUCAAGUCGCUUUAAAUCCCACACAGUGAAUGGCUAAAUGGGUCGCUAGUGAAAGAACAUAGA